AUGAGUCGAAAUGUGUCUAAGUCUGGACUUGCCAUUCGAAAGUUCAAGGACAAGAAGAUAAGUAGAAUCUGUGAUGCGUGUAUACAACGCGUGGCGGCCAUUUUUAUUUUUGUCGUCUUCGACGAGCACGAGGCCCGUUUCAGUUUGUCAUGCGCUUACUUUACGAAAGAUGCCGCAAUAAGCCUCGCAAAACUUCUUCUUAUGUAUGCUCCUGUGCCGUCGUCCCGUACAAGCGGGGUAAGUACUCCACCGCGACGCAAGUAUCAGCAAUACAAAUUUCUCGAGCCAGACAUAUUUGUAUUUGAUAUCGAUAUGGUUUUCCGCAAUUUGUGCCCGCACUUCUUUCCGGCUUUGGUUCGUUUCUUUAAAAGGUACGAAAACUCGCCUUUCUGUGUAUAUUAAAUCUGCUAUCGUGCAGUAGUAGCUCUCGCCCCCACAGAGUAAGAUUACUGAUGGUGCAUGUGCACUGUCGCGCCGUACGAUCAAUGUGCGAGAGUGGCAAUUAGAGCUAGAUUAUGAAUAGAUAUGAGCUCCUCGAGCAACAGUUCUUAUCAAAAACCGGAACCAAUCGUGCCAAAGCGGCUGGAAAAUGCUGGUGCGGUUUCUCAUAGUAUAAUCUAAGACGCGGCGUUACGAUCCGCAGUACAGACAUACCUUCAAAGCUGAGCAGCAGAGCAAGGCCUGGCCUCGUAGCAAGCCUUAGGCGGAGUGCUGGCUUCAUGUAGAUAUCGCGCUGAGGCUGAUAAGCUGCAGUUUUGGCUGCAUGUUUUUAAUUGGCACAUUCACAGGCGCAGCCAUAGCCUGAUACUCGAAAGCCAUGUUUUAGAAGGCAGGCAGCCCUAUUAGCUGCGUUUGUACUAAUAACAUGAUAUCAGUUGUUUAAUACUCACUUGCUGCUCGGCUCUGAUUGUGUGUUGAUUCAUUCCAAUAUGCUGUAUGGGGAACGCGAAAACAAGCGAAGUUCCGCAUCGGAUGCUAUGCGGACGAGGAUUAGUAUCAAACCAAAAUUCACGCAAGACGUAAUCAGUCUUUUUCAAAAAGCGUGUAGCUUCCACGCUGCGAGCCAGAGUAAAACAUAUAAUCAAAAGCGUAGAGUACAGAACUUUAGCUCCGAUGGUACGAUGUGCGGCACCAGAAGCAAUUUGUCAUGCACAAAUCAGAAUGAUUUACGUCUCUGCGGCGUUUCGUUCACAUCUAUACUCCCCGCAGCUUCAAUACAUUUGAUCACCUGGACGUAUGAAGUGUAAUACAGAAGUCGCCUUUGUAGUUUUCGAUGUCAGUUGCAAUCUCACCGCCCGUAUACAAAUUAUUUCAAUUGGUAAGCCCGAGCACCCGCUCAUGGUCAGGCCCAGUGCUGUCUACAAGCUACAGUAUUGCACUCCUUGGUCGUAAUUGCAUGUAGUAUCGCCUCCCUAGCCCAGUCCUGUCGUACCGCGCUAGUAGUAUCGAAAAUAUUAAAGGCUGAUAUUUUUA